AUGAUGUUUCUGCAAGCGUCCGGACUGCUUCUCGGGUUCCCGUAUCGGCAAUCGAAAAACAAGUUUCUUUGCAUUUCACGAGUUGUGCCGGUGCGGGGGAGUCGGUUCCUACGACCGCAGCGACACCCUGGAGGCGUCCUUAAAGUCCGAGGCGAAGGGAGGUCGGACCUGGAGGCGAGCGAAACCCGUCGGGGGGACCUCAGCGUCGCUCCAGAAUCGCGCUGCUGCUUCGUGUCGAUUCUUGGUCCGUCGAAUACCGGGAAGUCGACCUUGGUGAACGCCAUGGUGGGCAGCAAGGUGGCAAUUGUGUCGCCGAAGGUGCAGACGACGAGGUUCCAGGUAAGGGGCAUUGCCAUCGAGGAAACGCUCCAUGCACAGAUUGUGUUUAUCGACACCCCUGGCGUAUUUCUGCCGAAGCGGAAGUUUGACCAAGCUAUGGUAAAAAGUGCCUGGGAAGCGAGCAGAGGCGCCGACAUUGUGCUUGUCAUGCUCGAUGGGAACCGCUAUCAUCAUUUCCGCAAGCUGAGUCAUGCUGAAACGAGCAUCGCUGAGAGGCUUUCCAGGAUCGACAAAGAAGAGCUAGCGAAAACGCCUAUCCUUCUUGCUGUGAACAAGAUCGAUCUGAUCCCCCGUAAAGACUUGGAUGCCGUCCGCGAUGGUCUUCUACAUGAAAUGGGAGGCCCUGAACGGAUCCGUGAAGUCCACCAGAUCUCCGCCCGGACUGGAGAGGGCGUCUUCGAACUACGCAGGCGCAUCGCGGAGCUAGCACCAUUGGGGCCAUGGCACUACGAUCGUGAGCAACUCACCGAUAUACCCGAGCGCCUGCUAGCAGCGGAGGUGGUGCGCGAACAACUGUACCUGCAGCUGCGCCAGGAGCUGCCGUACGAGUGCGCGGUAGAAACGGAGCGGUGGGAAUCAAAAGAAGACGGCUCCGUGGUCAUUGGAUGCGUUAUUUACGUCAAACGUCAGAGCCAGAAGGCUAUAGUCACCGGCGCUGGUGGAGUUCGCAUAAAAUCCAUCGGUGUCAAGGCACGAAUGGAGCUGGAGCGUCUUCUCGGCAGGCGUGUUCAUCUUCUGACCUUGAUCAAGUGCCGCAAAUGGGACGAAAACCCUGUGCUCUAUCGCCAAAUGGGUCUCGACUUCCGAGCUUGA